CCAAGCCACUGAAACCUUGAAUAAGUACCUUCUCAACUCGUCAUUUUACGCUACAACACCAGAGAAGAACCAGAACCAACCCAGGUCUUUCCUAACGCUACCUUUUUGCGAGCAUGAGCCAGGAACAGCCACAAAAGGCUCAACUGAACCAGGCCGAGGCGUACGCCCAGGUCCCAGGCGAGCCUAUCAAGUAUGGAGACGUGUUUAUCGUCCAGGGAGAGCUGGCGCGGGAGCCAAUCGCUCCCCGGGACGCGGCCAUGAUGCAGUCGGCGGAGAACCAGGUCUUGGGCCAGACCCAGAAGGGUGGGGCGGCCUCCGUCAUGCAGUCCGCUGCAGACCGAAAUGAGCAGGCCGGUCUCGUCGACCACCGCGAAGUCAGCGACCUUCCGGCCGACCUUGGAGUCGCCGUCACCGAAACUGACCUCCCCGGCCGCCGCAUCGUCACCGAGGCUGUUGGCGGACAGGUGGUUGGGAAGUACGAGGAGCCGGCGCCGGUGGGGACGGGAACAAUGCCUGCGGCGGUGCAGCAGGGUGAUGCGAUAACCAUCGGAGAAGCUCUGGAGACGACGGCAAUGACGGCAGGGGAAAAGCCGGUAGAGCAGAGCGAUGCCGCUGCGAUCCAGGCGGCGGAGGUGCGGGCCACACGGACGAACGAGGUGCCCCCCGGGGGUGUCUCCGCCCAGGCGCAGUCGGCGGCGACCGCCAACACCUGCGUGAUGCGCGAAGAGGACAAGGUCAAGCUCAGGGACGUUCUCAGUGAUGCGACGACAAGGCUUCCAGCGGACAAGGCGGCGACUCGGGAAGACGCGGAUCGGGUGGGGGUGGCGGAGAUGCGGAACAACCCGGACAUGGCGACGCAUCCGGGAGGCGUGGGGGAGAACGUGGCAGAGGCGGCUCGGCUCAAUCGGGAUCGGCGGUUUUAGGCCGAAAACGGCGUGGGUGGUUGUUUGAUCUAUGGUAACGCGAGUAAUAGCUAGUCUACGUACAGUAGGUGGUGGUGGUUUGUGUAGUUAUAGUGCCAUGCAUAUGUCUUUGGAGUGGCUCGUGUUGGAAGUUUAAAGUGUUUGCUGGUAUAUGUUCCUUUAUCACGUCGAACUGGUAUUGUUGUAGGUUUUGUUGUUGUUGUCUUCAAUUAUGCUUGCAAAGCUGGUUUUCGUCAA